UUAGCGUUUCUUAUAGUAUUCUUACCAGUACACACGCCAGAGGUAAAAGCAAAUCUUAUUCAUUCGAUAAUAUUGAUGAUGCUUUGGCUUCUUUCCAUUUGAUGCUUCAUAGUAAUCCCUUACCGCCUGUUAUGGAAUUUAAUAAAUUAUUAUCUGCACUUGUUCGAAUGAAACAUUAUGCGACUGUGAUUUCUCUUUACAAACAGAUCGAAUUGUCUAGAAUUUCUCUCAAUUUACAUUCUAUAAGUAUUUUGACUAAUUGCUUUUGCCAUCUGGACCGCGUGGAUUUUGGGUUCUCUCUUAUUGGGAAAAUCUUCAAACUUGGCUUUCAGCUUGACAUUAUAACGCUUACUACGUUAAUCCAUGGGCUUUGUAGAGAUGAUAGAUUUGAUGAAGCUGUGGAAUUAUUUGAUGAAAUCGUUGAAAAAGGGUAUAAACCUAAUAUUUAUACCUAUACUGUCAUUGUGAACGGUCUGUGUAAAAUUGGGAAAACCAAUGUGGCCUUUGGUAUUCUGAGAAGAAUGCUCGAGGAAGGUUGUGAACCUGAUGUGGUUGCAUAUAAUGCUAUCAUUGACAGCCUUUGUAAGGAUAGAUUGGUUAAUGAGGCAUUAGAGCUCUUCUUGGAAGUGAAGAGUAAAGGCAUCUCUCCAAGCAUUGUGACCUACAACUCUUUAAUCAUCAUUGUGACCUACAACUCUUUAAUCUAUGGUCUGUGCAAUUCAGGCCGAUGGGAAGAAGCUUCUAUGCAGCUCAAUGAAAUGUUGGGAGUAAACAUCACACCAAAUUUAAUUACCUUCAAUAUAUUGGUUGAUGGUCUUUGUAAGUGUGGAAAGUUUUCAAAGGCUUGUGGUAUAGUCAAAUUGAUGAUUCAAAGAGGAAUAAAGCCUAAUGUUGUGACUUACAGCUCUUUAAUCUAUGGUCUGUGCAAUUUAGGCCGAUGGGAAGAAGCUUCUAUGAAGCUCAAUGAAAUGUUGGAAGUGAACAUCGCACCAGAUUUAAUUACCUUCAACAUAUUGGUUGAUGGACUUUGUAAGGAAGGAAGGGUUUCCAAAGCUCAUGGCAUAGUCAAAUGGAUGAUUCAAAGAGGAAUAAAGCCUGCAUAG